AUGAAUCAGGCCAUUAAGACUGAUGAUGAAAAACUAGCUCCGUUGCGUGAAGAUGGCGUCGUUCAAUAUAUCAACAAAAAAUAUGAGCCCGAUCCUGAAUUUCAGUCGCCGAUUGUUGCUGGGAAAGAAGAUCCAUGGACAAGCUGGGCAUUAGAGAACGACAAUGGGUUUAAGAUGGAUAUAGAGACGGCCAAGAAGCAAGGCUUACCAAAAUCUUUGGAGUUAUACAAUGAUCCCGGAUACCUGAUUUACGGAUUAGGGGUUUACCAUCAAUUACAUUGUCUUAAUCGCCUUCGGAAAUCAUUCUAUCCGGAUGUGUUCUAUCCAAACAUGUCUACGGAGCAGGUUGAAAUACAUAAAAAUCAUUGCUUCCACGCCAUUCGCCAGGCUCUUUUAUGUCACGGUGACAUCUCGUUAAUAUACUGGUGGGAUCCCAGCUUCACGUAUAUUGACGAUGACGGCACAGAGCGGUAUACGGAGGACUACCUACAAAAGACCCCUAGGGAGCGACAGGUGGGACUACAUGCUUCAUGGAGCUCUGAAGUACAGUGUCGGGAUCUGGAUGCAAUUAAUACCUGGGUCAAGGAACGUAUGGUUGAUCCUGACAAAUAUGGAGGCAGGGAUGGUGAUUGA